AUGGCUGGCGACUGCGGCUGCUCCGGCGCUUCCAACUGCAACUGCGGUUCCAACUGGUUAAGGGACACGGAACGACUUGGGGGUAUCGGGCGUACCAGAAUGGGUUUUAUUUUUUUGACGGAACUUGCUUCGUUCAUUCGAGGCCUUAACAACCGUCACACCAGUGACGCACGCAUUGGAUGUCGACGGGGUCGGUGUGUCCGUAUGGCGUUGAGGAGUCAGACCGGCCGUGGGGUUGGCAAGGGAGCGGCAUUGGAAAGAUAUGGUAUUCGCAAGAAGCAUUCAGAAGCGGCACUUUCGUGCUCUACUUGGGCAAGCGCCAGCUCGCCCCGCGAUAUCUGA